CAUGGGUGUGAUCGUGGAAACGGACGUCGACUACGGCAGGAUUUUUGGACCAUUUCCGGCCGUCGGCCAUAUUUCGCCGACCCACUUUAUUGGUUAUCUGACGUCCGACGAGAAGAGAGUUACCGGCGAUUUUAAGGUUGAUCUGAACGAAGGUAACCUGGACAACACGUGGAUGGCGUACGCACAGCCGGCCAGGACGGUGGACGAGCAGAACACAGAGGCCUACAUGAAGGAUGGAAACAUCUUCUACAGGACACUCCGGAUAAUUCGUGCAAAGGAAGAAAUUCUCGUUUGGUACAGUAGAGACUUCGCCCUGAUCCUGGGUAUGAACUUCAACGUGCACCAGAAAACAGAUGGUGAAACACUCGAAUGUCCUGCCUGUGGGGAAAAGUUCCGCUUUAUCUAUCCGCUAAUUGCCCAUAUCCGGUUCAUGUGCACGUGCUCCUCUGGUUCCCACUGUCUUGGUUCCCACUGUCUUGGUUCCCACUGUAUUGGUUCCCACUGUCUUGGUUCCCACUCGAAGACGAAGAGUCCUCUCAGCGUCAGCAGACGGACAGAUUCUGAUCAGGAAGACGUUGAACGAAAGGCGACGAUAAAUGUGAACGCAAAUCGCAGUGUUAAACGUAAAGUAGAUUCCGAAGAACUAUUUAAUACGGAUAAUGAUGAAUAUAGUGUGAAUCUAAAAUCGUUCGAACGUUUUGAAGAAAAUAAUAAUAUUUUAAGCAAGCAGCAAGAAUCAACGGUUUCAAAAGAUCGUAUAGUAUCAGCGGAUUCUGGUAGUGCAUUCAGGGAAGUUGAAAAGCCGUCAGUUUCUGGAGCAUUGUCCGCGGGAGAGAGGAGCAAAGCUAAAGCUGACAGCAGAGUGAAAUACGACGAUUUUGAGGCGGAAAUGCGAAAAGGCCAAGAGCACCUUGUGAAACACUUGUAUAGCAAAACAUUUAUUCCACCGAAUUCAAUGGCAGGCCGAUUCAUUGGAGGGCUAGGUAUGAUGACAAACUGGCUGGUUCCAAAAUCAUCAAACGGUCAGUCCUACCUUCAUUCCAGGUCAUACACAGAUCAGAUGCACAUGUCCCCUGUUUAUAAACCAGAACCUCUACAAAGGUUUCCAGCCCAAAUGCGAGCUCUCAGUCAAGACCAAAUCAGAAGUUUCCCAAAUGGCGAAAUGCUAAGCAAACAGCUUCUAGUGGAACAGUUACGGAAGUCGCAGCUUCCGAGCGUCCAGACUUCAAACCCGAUGGUCGAAAAACUGCUGCAGACGACAACUACGCCGACCAUGCUCCAGCGGCCAAUCCAACAGCUGAAUCUUGCCCAGAACUGGUGCGCAAAAUGCAAUGCUACGUUCCGAAUGACUAGCGACCUUGUGUAUCACAUGCGUUCCCAUCACAAGCGCGAGUUCGACCCCAUAAAAAGAAAACGCGAAGAGAAACUGCAAUGUGACGUUUGUAAAGAGACGUUCAAGGAACGUCACCACCUGACGCGCCAUAUGACGUCACAUUCGUAAAUCGAAUAAGAAAAGUACGCGCCAUAUGACGUUACAUUCGUGAAUCGAUUAAGAAAAGUACGCGCCAUAUGACGCUACAUUCGUGAAUCAAAGAAGAAAAGUAAGAUAAAAAAUGUGCCAAAAUACAUGACAAUUAUCCUACACAUUCGUACACACUGCAGUCAUACUAUUGCCAUUUAUUGCUUCGUAAUUCAUUUUAAAUUAAGAUAUAAACCUUCCUUUUUACACACAUGUGAUAUCAUGACUUAUAGUUUGUGCUGUUUUUGGUAAGCAUUCACACACAUUAGAAAGGUCUAUGUGUUCAGAAUUGUAAUGUUGCAAUAUACGUUUUAAAAUAGAUUUUAGU